AUGGAGGCUUUUUCUGCGCCAAACCUCUCUACGCAAAACCUCAUCUCAGGCAAACCUCUCUAUCAACAGCGGCUCUGUCAACUGCCAGCUCUCUCAGUCGCCGCCAUCACAGAUUCAGCACAGCAGUUCGUAGCCACAUCUUCAUUUUAUGUAGCUGUCUUUUUCUCUGUCGGCUCAUCAACGAUAGUGAACGGUUCAUUGGAGAGGCAUUUCAUGGCAUAUUCUGAAGGGCGUGAUUUCAUGUUCUGUGACUUGUGUGGGACUAUGCGAACGUUGAGUUCAACUAAGCAUGCUCAAUGCCCCUUGUGCAAGCGUAAGAGAAGUGUGAAAGAGAUCUCCGGAAGACAAAUAUCUUACACAGUCACUGUUGAGGAUAUUAGAAGGGAGCUAGGCAUAUCAAUAAUUUGUGAAGAAAAAGUGCAAUUGCAAAAGAUGCUUAAACAUGUGAAAAAUGUGGCCACAAUGAACAUACAUAUUAUUCCAGACAGAUUCGAUCAGCAGAUGAAGGAGCAACUACUUUCUACAUGUGCAUCAAUUGCCAGCACCAGUUUACUGAGAAUUGAUAUGUCAGAGAUUAUAUAA